AUAAAUUUUGAACAUAUAAAGAAAGCUUCACAUUACAGAUGAAAGUGGUCGAACGAUUUGAAUUCUGGUAGUCUGCAGCGAAUGAUAUUGGAGAUAUAAAAUGAUCGAAGAUAGGAGGGGGGGAUCGUACGGCAGGGAGCAUAUACUUGCGAUAAGCAGCACUCGAAACGCGUUUUACACGAUUGAAGCGUGUUAUAAAAAGGGGGAACACCGCUCGGUGACGCGAUGUGUUCUUCGUCGAUUACGAUUAAAGUACGUAAUAGCGUCGAGGAGGGAAAGAGAGAGGUACAGAAGGAAAGAGGGGGGCGAGGAAGACAGUGAUACCGAAAGAUCACAGGCGGAAAUGAGGGAGAGCAACUUUUGCUCUCGAAAAGAGCUAACUUCACACGUUCCUUCGAUAUAUUACAUAAAUCUCCUGUUGCAUAUAUUUUUUACGUAACAGCAUAGUUGUCAUCCACUUGCUUUGAUUCGAGACAAUUUAACAACCGAGUAAUUUCGCUGUUCAGGAAGUUGAUCAAACGAUUAAAAUCAGCAUUAAUCGUUCGUGGUAGUUGGUUUAAGGCCCGUGAAUACCUCCUGUAUUCUCAUUUUCGGCGAACGGAUAUUAUCCUCGAUAAUCGAAUAUCGCGGUGAUUGCCGUUCCAUGGUCAAAAUCCGGAUUUUAAUUGCUUCAUCGAUUCCGGUCGUCCGUCCAGACUGACCGUGCUUUGUUACUUCGACCGUGACUAGUCCUUUCAGUUCUGCCGUUCUCUAUUUCCCAAAUUACAUUUUAUCGAACACCUCGCUGUAUUUGUCGUGUUACUAUUCCUGACGUGAGGUGACAUAACCUGGAGGAAAUAUACUAUGUGGGGAAUACGAUCCGUGGAGAAUACAAUGUAUAGGGAACACAGCGCGUAGUUAACAGAACGCGUAUGGAACGCAGCAUUUGUGGAACACAACGCGUGGAAAGUACGGCGCGAAGGGGACACAACGCGAAUGGCCAGAAAAUGAGCGUUUCACCGAGCAACGAGCCAACGAGUCUCGAAAUGGAGACUCCUCUCGAGGAGAACAGUCUGAAAGUGUCUUCGGUGCAGAAUGUGGCUAGACAAGACUCUGGUGUACCGGAGGAUCUAGCCUCGCCGAUGGUUGACACGAACAAGCUGUUACCCGAAGAGGACGCGAACUCUACCAUCAACAGCGAGUGCAAUAUCACCGUGAUCCAUGUGACCGAUUCUGAAACAGCUAAAUCCGACGGAGCUUUAAACGGUGACAACAGGAAGGAUUAUGGGAACGAAGGGAAAGACAGCAAGGACGGUAGCGACAGUGGAGUGGAAGGUUGUGCCACCGAAGUCCCCAGGGUACGAAGUCGAAACAGCAUAGACUACGCGAGCAGUUGCGGAGGUCUGGACGAAGCUUCCUGCGAUUCCAGUUUGGUGAGCUGUUGCUCGGUGUACGAGGACCCCUGCGCGACUUUGCCCGACGACGUCAGGUUAACCACAGGUGGCGAAGGCACCAGCGAGGGUGGUAGCGAGAGUUCCUCGAUAGCCGGCAGCGUAUCCGCCCGUGCCAACAGAACGAACGUGAAGAGAACCGUGGCGGCUUCCGCCGCUAGUAAGAAGAAGGCCGCGAGCACCGCGGAGGCUCAGAAGAGCACCAGAGCGAAGCCGGUGCCUCUGAACACCACCUACUCGGCCACCGUUCAGCGAUCGAAACCGCGAACCACCGCUCCUAGGAGCAUCCUCGGCAAGUCACAACCGGCGACGAGGGCUAGAUCCAGGGAGAAGUCGACGGUUAGAGAGAACGUUGGCGAGAACUCGUCCAGCAACAGUCGAGUGCCGACGACGUUCCGGUCAGGAACGAGCUCCAUGCCACCGCGAACGAGGACCAGACCGAUACCCGAUUCACUGCCAUCCGUGCUCACGACAGAGAUCAACAAGGACCUGGCGCAACGCGGACGAGGUCAGACCAGCAGCUCCAGGUCCAGAGGCGGAUCCAGCACUCGUGGGGCUCGGACACCCAGCUCGACGCCGUCCGAAGAGGUCCGGAAACCUCUGACCACCGCCAGAGUACCUUACACGGGUCGCACGGAUCCGGCCAGAACCCCCAGAACCGACAAGAUGACCACCAGCGUGGACAACAAGGCUUUAGACACCUACGCGACGCUGCCCAGAAGAAACAGGAACAAGAUGGGCAUCGCCAAGGUCGCGGAGAAGCCGGACACGAGCACGAGAAGCAGGUCAGGAAGCAGGGACGCGAGUCUGAAUAGACUGACGGAGAAAAAGAUGGUCGGCAAAGAGUCCUCCGGUCACAAGAGUCUGCCGCCCUAUCCUAGGUACAAGACCGCGGAGAGGACGCGUAUUUACCACGAGACCAGCGUGCAAACUGGUCUGACCGGUGACGAUAUUGAAAACGCUUUGUCCGGGAUACCCAGCGCCGUACCCGGACCGGAAGUGGUCGAGAGAUUGCACGAAGGAUGUCAAACCGAGGGCGCGUGGGAGGACGUUCAAACGAUGCAGAACGAUCUGAAGCGAUUGAACGAAGAAACGUCGAGUCAGAAGGUGGAGAACGAGAAGCUGAAGACUGAGAUCACCGAGGUGAAACGUCUGCUCGAAGAGGAACAGGCGGAUCACGCGUUUGCCCGACAGGAACUGGACAGAAACGCUCAACGGGUGCUGGCUAUGUUGGGAACACCUCAAUCUGAACACGCGGAAGGUAGCGAUAGCUUCCUGGAACUCGAGUGCCAUUUGCAAUCCUCUGGACAAGUGGUGGCUAGUCAACAAUUAGAAAUAGCUGACUUGCAAUCUUUGUGCCGUAUGUUGAGCAGGGAUCUGGAGAAGAGUUUGGCUGCACAGAAGGCGUUGCUGCAACAACAACAAGAACUAGAAGCAGAGUCUGCCGAAAUGCAGGACUUCCUUCAAGAAGAGAAAGCUACUUUGGCGGAUUCUUUGAAGGAAGCUGAAGCGGAGCUGUCGAAGAAGGAAGAGAUGUUGGCGAAACGAGAGCAGGAAUUAGAAAGGCAAACCGAGGAGUGCAAGCAUUUAGUAAGAAUAAGCGAACAACGAAGGCAAGAAAAUUUGUCAAUGAGCAUGAAAUUAAACGCGGUCGAACGACGGAGUAGGGAACUGCUACUUACGCAAGGUGCUGCCGUUUCCGGUGCUGCGGUAGCGCUUUCCGCUCUUGGAACUAGAUUAGAAGGAUUUGUAGACCAAUUAAUUACUUCCUACAAUAUCUCUGUGAAAGACCUUGAGGAUGUGAUAUAUCACAAUGAAGCGUACAGCAGAAGCAAUAGCAGCAUCGAGUCGAGUCCUGUUAGUUCUAAGCAUAGUCUGAAAGAGUGUACUCCUAGUCCAAAAAGCGGUUCCUUCGUUUCCGCUGUGAUCGGAGCUAUCCGCAACGCAGCGACCCAUCCAUUUGCAACGAAAAACGCGGAUAAAAAAACCACGAUAGAAUCAGCUAAACAGAUAUACAAAGAAUUGAGCAUGGAAUCAUCGUCUGACUUGCUCGAUUUCGAAACCGAGCCAUGCUUAAUGAUGGAGAGCGUGCUAGAGGAUGUUCCCCUGCCAGACACGUAUUCGCACAACAUGGUAUCCAGUAGUGACUCGCUUCGUAGAGCCUUGAGCUUUCCAGAAACCGUGGACGAAAGUAACCUUAAGAAAACGCGAACCAAUGACGAAUGCUCCAGCCUUACGAAUCUCACGCAAGCUAUUUUGCAUCGUCGUAAGGUGGAGAACGAAGAAGACGAAGAUUGCGAUUCGAUCAGUGAAUCUGACACUGGAACUAACGAUGGUCCGCUGGCUUCGGAUUACUGUCCUGCUGUUAGUCUUGUUGAUCAAGUUAUUGAUGUAGAUAAUCUUGUUACAAAGUUACUGAAAGUAUUGCGAAUUAUACAACACGAUAACGAUACGUGUAUACAAGAGCUUAAGGAAGAAAAAUCCGAAUUAGAAACAAAGUUGGAAGUAACCGUGGCCGAAUUGGAGAAGCUCCGUAAAAUCAUGGAGAGUUUGCAUCAGUCUGAAGAAAUCUUAAGCAAUACAUCGGACAGAAGACGUAGCGUGAUGGAGAAUUGUCGUCUGAUUAUUAAAGAGGCGGGUAAGGAGGAAUUAAAAUUUGACGAGCCCGCAGUUGCAAAUAGUAGUGGCCCUGGAGGAGACUGCGAAGAUCUCAACGCGAAUGCAGCGGCUCAACUUUCUUCCUAAUUACCUUUAAGUUUCCUUCGUUCCUCUUCCUUUUGUAUCUUUUCUUUUCAACCGUGUACACUUCUACUAAGUCCAUUCGCUAAUUAUUCGUUGCGGAUGAAACGAGACAACGCUGAAUUGCCUUACGUAUCGUUUGAGACAUAGCUAAUGGCCUGCGACCUGGUGUACAUGAAAAUUAUCUUCGACGAAUCAUGCCAAUGUGAUUAGGUAAUAUCGUAGUCCGUAAAUUGUAGGCAUUUUGCUUCUGUCAAAGUCAUGUACAGCUUUCUUCGUUCAUAUGGAAGUUAUUUGUGCGCAUUGCUUCAGUAUUUUAUCGUUCGAAUGUAUCUCGCGUAUAUACAUAUAUGUACACAUACAUGUAACGGUAAACUGAUGAUUUUCGAAACUGAAUCGCAGCCUACGAUCGUCACGAUCGUAGACUUGUAAUUUAGUUUUUCGUGUAGCAUUAAUCGUUAUUUAAAUUAGGCAUGAACAAAGGAUAGUUCGCGAACGAAAUUCGGCUUUAUCCGUACUUUCAAAUUAGUCAAUCGAACUUUCCAAAUGUGACCAUCCAAACGUAGAAACCGUAUGUAGGUACUUGGUCAUGCCUGAUUUAAACGUUGCCGUUUUCUCGCAUAGCAUCCAUUUCAUAGUUACUUAUUCAGCGUUAGGAUUAAUUGCGAUAUCAAUUGCUUAAUACGACUAGACGAAACCAAGGAAUUACUUAAUUGCAUUCACCGAUUGAAUUUCUUGUGCCCACCGAAUGCAUUUUAUCGUCCUAUAAAUAAGGAAAGUUAUUCGAGAUUCGAGAGUAUUAAUAAUUCCUGUAUUACUAGAGGAGAGGAUAGGUUUUGAUGUACCUUAAAAAAUGAUUCACUCGAACUUCACUUGCUCGUUUAAACGUUAAGAGAUCACGUGUAAAUCCUCAAAUGUAAAACAACAAACAGGGUACAUUAGUUUUACGAUAUUGGCAUAUAUUGGCAUAUAUUGGCGAAUAAUAGGGAUGUAUCGGUAGCCUGAUACAUCAGGUAUCAGAUCUUCGGGUUGGGUUUGGAAAAAUUUCUACAGGAUCGAGCACGAUCCCGUUCAUCUUUUCCUGACAAGAACCUUGGCUACCCGCGCAUUCCUACCGAAUACGAAUCAUUCGAAUGAAUAAAACGUUCUUCGUGAUAAUUCUUUGAUCCGUCAUUUGUCGAUAUUCGAAUGUCCCGCCUGUUUCGGUUGGAACGUGUCUUAACGAAAAUUAUUACAGUGAAUAUCGAAGUGAAGAAAAAAGAGAACACAAUACACGGACACGUACACACAGAGCUGCUUUCUAUUUUAAUGGUGAGAUAUAUUUGAGAAACAUAUUCUUGUACACGCUUCCAUGAUUCACAAUUAUCCGUCGUGUAAGUUUUCGAGGCAUUGUAUAUAAGUGAACAUCGUGAAACUUACUUUUUUAAUCUAAUGCGUUCAAAGAUGAUCGUUUUCCUUUUAUGUAUGAUCUUUUCCUUUUUUCCUUUUUUUCUUUCAAUCUUACUUAUCAUAAACUGUAUUUGUAUAGUUCGCGUGAAAGUCAUCGUUUUCACCCUUCCUUUUUCUUUUUAACGAAAUAAACGAUUCCACCCAGAUGAUGUAUAUUCUGAGGAUCAUAGUCCUAAGCAUUUUUUAUACAAAGUAUUGUGAUGAUAUACCAAAAAGGAAAUCAUAAAUAAUGUAUUUUAAUUUUUAAUCAAAUAAAUUUCGUUUCAAUAAAAAUUUA